UUAGUAGUUAAAUAUUAUGGGGAACUCUGUAUUCUGCAACUCCCACCACUUGAAACACAAGCAUUAUUCCUGCUUGUAUGUUGAGAUAUAUACAUCAUGGCACCCAAGCAUCCUCCUUUUCCACUUUACGAAAUAAAAAUCCGAAACAACAGAAUAUCAAGAGCCAUUGAAAUCAUCAUCCUAUUCCUUCUCCUAUCACUUAUUACCUACAGACUCUUUUCUCUCAGCACCCAUCACCGAAUCCCUUGGCUUCUGGCUCUAAUCUGCGAGGCUUGGUUCACUUUCGUUUGGAUUAUCGUCGUCAGCUCUAAGUGGAAUCAAAUCCAAACCAAAACAUACCCACAACGCCUCUUCCAAUGGUUGGGAGAUGGGACAUCUGAGUUUCCAGCUGUGGAUAUGUUCGUUACGACGGCCGACCCGGAACUGGAACCGCCGAUUAUAACGGUUAACACGGUAUUAUCUUUGUUGGCUGUGGACUAUCCGGCCAACAAGCUAGCCUGUUAUGUAUCAGAUGACGGCGCAUCCCCCCUCACCUUCUAUUCCCUCGUCGAAGCAUCCAAGUUCGCUAAGCUUUGGGUUCCCUUUUGUAAGAAGUAUAACGUCGCCGUUAGAGCUCCGUUUCGACACUUUAACAGUACCAACCCAGUUUUCCCACAAGAUAGCUCCUUAGACUUCCAACAUGAGUGGAACAAAAUGAAGGAUGAAUAUUCAAAGCUCUGUGAAAAGAUUGAUGAAGUAAGUCAAGAGUCGAUGCCACAUGACCUUGUUGGCGAGCUUUCAGAUUUUGCAAAUAUUGAUCGGAGAGACCAUCCCACCAUCAUAAAGGUGAUUUGUGAGCACAAGGAAAGUGAUGGUGUGCCUCAUUUAAUAUAUAUCUCCAGAGAGAAGCGUCCAAAGCAUCCCCAUCAUUUCAAAGCUGGAUCCAUGAAUGUUCUGACAAGAGUGUCAGGAGUGAUGACAAAUGCGCCGUUCAUGUUGAACCUGGAUUGUGACUUUCAUGUAAAUGAUCCGAAAGUAGUACUACAUGCCAUGUGCUUCUUGCUUGGAGUCAAAGAUGAAAAGGAUGCCGAAUUUGUUCAAUUCCCUCAGAACUUUUAUGGUGGAUUGAAAGAUGAUCCUUACGGAAAUCAAAUGAAAAUCAUAAUGAAAUAUCUAUUCCGAGGAACCGCUGGAAUUCAAGGUCCAUUUUAUAUGGGAACAGGAUGUUUCCAUAGAAGAAAGGUUAUAUACGGCAUGUGGCCCCAUGUGGUCGACAAUAAUGAGAAAUCAACUGACAAGGACCAAUGGGAAAUGUUUGGCAAAUCAAAAACUUUCGCUUUAUCAACCACUCAAAUUUUAUCCGGAUCUUUGUAUCCUGAGAUUCCCAUAUUCCCGAAUUCCCUUGAGGCUGCUAAGGAAGUUGCAAGUUGUGUCUAUGAAUUUGGCACUGCUUGGGGCCAAAAGGUUGGAUUGUUGUAUGGAAGCGCCGGAGAGGACACGAAAACCGGGGUAAGUAUCCACGGUAAGGGUUGGAAAUCUGUAUAUUGUGAUCCCAACCCACCUGGGUUUCUUGGGAGUUCACCGACAGGUGGGCCGGCGGCGUUGACCCAACAAAAACGAUGGGGCACUGCAGCACUGGAUAUACUGAUAUGCAAGAAAAGCCCAAUUAUUUGGGCUCUAUUUGGGAGGCUCCAUUUCAGGCAAUGCUUGGCCUAUCUAUGGAUUAUGGGUUGGCCCAUUCGGCCCUUUUUUGAAAUAUGUUAUUCUCUUCUCCCCGCGUAUUGCAUCAUCAACAAUUCUCACUUCCAACCAAAGCUAAACGAAGCCGCCAUUGUAAUACCAGCUUCCAUUUUCAUUAUCUACAACUUGUACGGUCUAUUCGAAUACAUCGAAACCGGGGAGUCGUUGCGGGCGUGGUGGAACAACCAAAGAAUGUUGAGAGUUUACGCAUCUGGGUCAUGGUUGUUCGGAUUCCUAAGUGGGGUUGUUAAGGUUUUUGGAUUGUCUGAAGCGGUGUUCGAAGUCACCAAGAAAGAUCAUUCGAGCGACGAAGCUCUAGACAAGGAUGAUGACUCCAAGGUCGGACGGUUCACGUUUGAUGAAUCUCCGUUGUUUGUCCCCGGCACAACCAUUUUGCUGGUGAACUUGGCAGCUUUGUUUAUUGGAUUUCUGGAUUUUAAACAGAAUAAGAGUUGGAGUUUAGGAGAAGCAAUAUGCAGUGUUUGGGUAAUAUUAAUGUAUUGGGCGUUUCUUAAGGGGUUGUUUGGAAAGGGAAAGUUUGGGAUUCCAUUGUCCACUGUUUUAAAGUCCGGGGGACUCGCACUGCUCUUUUUCCAUGCCUGCAAAUCUGUACACUGAUUUAAUUUGUGUAAACAAAACACCUACUAUUUCACAUUAUACUGUGGGAAUUGAAUAUGUAAUAUUAUCAUGUGA